AUGAAAAACAUCCCUGUACCCCGACUAAUCAUUUCCGUGGCCAUAGAAAACACUCCUGAUGAGAGCUCGGGGCGCCUCAGAACACAACUAACAGGACGCUGGAAGGAGAAUCGAGUCAUUACAGAGGAGGAAAGACAGAAAGAGACAAAGUUCCAGAGUGUGCCAAUGAAAGGGAUGAAGGAGCGAAGGAAGGUGCUAGUUAACUCCUGCUUUAGUGAGGUGGACAGAAUAAAGCACAUUAGAGCCACGCGUCUCCUCUCCGACCAGUCCUCGCCCCUGGAGUUCUCGGCGCCCCGCUACUGUGCCGCCCUGCCCGAGGACAGCCCCUUGGCGGCCGUGGUAGGCACCCUCACCGCCACACACACGCAUGGCGCUGAGAUCAAGUACAGCAUCACGGGCGGCAACGUUGGGGGCCUCUUCACCAUCGACCAGCGCUCCGGCACCGUUACGCUGGCCGUCGCCCUGGACCACGAGCUCAGUCACCAGCACCAGUUGGAGGUCACGGCGGAGGCAGGAGGAGCUGCAGCCCGCGCCCAGCUGGUGGUGCAGGUCGGGGACGUCAAUGACAACGCCCCUGAGUUCGUACGUCCCGCCCCGCGCAUCACGGUUAUUGAGGAGGAUGACAGGGACUUGCCCGCCACUAUUGCCAGAGUGGAGGUGGUGGACGCGGACAGCAGUGACGCAGUGGGGCUGGCCUUCCGGGUGAGUGGUGACGGCGUGGAUCAGCUUGGUGACGGCGACGCCUUCUUCACCAUCAACGCCAGCACCGGAGACCUCAUCCAGCUCAGAGCACUGGACCGGGACCCGCCGCACGGGAGGGGCGAGUGGCGGCUGCGGGUGGAGGUGCGGGACGGCCAAGGAAGCGGGGAGGAACAGGAAGCAACCCCCGUACUGCCCCAUUCAUUCUCCCCAUCCCACCUCCACCGCCAGGCGUCUUGGGGCCACCAGGACCCCGAAAGAGAUAUCACUCCCACCCAAGCCUGGCCCCAGUACCUCCGAAGCGGUGACGCGGCCAUAGGAGAUACGGGGCACGGGAGGCCAGCUGACGGGGGAAGGAAAGAGCGCCAGGUGUGGGGGAGGGCAGGACCAGCAAAAGAGAGGCUGCAGGAUGUCUUUCAGAGCAACAGGAAGUGAAGGCAAAGAGGAUAUUGAUUCCCACGCCGCAGGGAAACAACUUGAAUGAAGACAUCGCGCCGUCCAGACGCCGUGACGGGGAUGUAUCUGCCGUCACGUCCCAGUUCCUGAGGCGGCGGGGCGGCGAAGAUGCGGGCGCCAUGGGG